AUGGCACAUCAACAAAAUGCACCAUACCGACCGCAGGAUGUCCAGGAAGUAUCCGACAUGCUCCGAGGCCUAGAGGGAAAUAAAGGCAAAGGCAAGGGUCGUGGUGGCUUCUCAUGCAAGAAAAGCACCUUCGACGUCGAAGGCUCGAACAUUAAGGUCGACUCGUGGCGAAUGCAGGACUGGGAUUACAAGAAGCCCAACCUUCCGACUUACGCCCGAGGUCUUUUCACUACCACUAACAGCAAAGGCCAGCCUGAGAUCGUGGUGAGGGGCUACGAUAAGUUCUUCAAUCAUGGGGAAACCCGUGAUACUGAGUGGCGCAACGUGGAGAACGAUACUCGGGGACCGUACGAACUUAGUGUCAAGGAGAAUGGUUGCAUCAUCUUCAUUUCUGGCUUGGAAGACGGCACGCUUCUCGUUUGCAGUAAGCAUUCGACCGGCUAUCGGUCAGACACGGACGUCAGCCAUGCCAAGGCCGGCGAGAAGUGGGUGGAUAGACAUCUUGCUGCGGUCGGGAGGACGAGACAGCAGCUGGCCAUGCGGUUACGGGAGAUGAACGCCACUGCUGUCGCUGAGCUUUGUGAUGACGACUUUGAGGAGCAUGUCUUGCAGUACAGCCCAGACACCGCUGGACUGUAUCUCCACGGCAUCAACCUCAACUUGCCGGAGUUUGCUACGUACCCACAUCAUCUGGUCGACAGAUUUGCCGAUGAUUGGGGGAUGAAGAAGACGAUGUACCUCAUCAAAGACACCAUCCACGAAGUCAAGAGGUUCCUCGACGGCAUUGGCGAAACGGGCCACUAUGCCGGCCGGGAUACGGAAGGUUUCGUCAUCCGCUGUCAGUCGAAAGCACAUACAGACCAAUGGCACGAUUGGUUCUUCAAGUACAAAUUUGAGGAGCCUUACUUGAUGUACCGGCAAUGGCGUGAAUGCACUAAAGCCGUCAUCGCUGGGAGGGAGCCCAAGUACAAGAAACACAAGAAAAUCACGGAAGACUACAUCUCGUUCGCCCGCCAGCAGUUACAUGGCCGUCAGGAUCUGGCCAAGGCGUACAUGGCGAAUCAUGGCAUCAUCAAGCUACGUGACGACUUCCUCGCUGCGCGCGGGUUGAAGGGCUCAGAUAUUAUCCGGCAAGAAGAGGCGAAUGGUGAGCAGGAGGGCAGCGCGGUCACGAAGAAUGUGAUCUUGGUGCCAGUUGCGACGAUAGGUUGUGGCAAGACUACCGUCGCUCUGGCUCUAUGCAAGCUCUUCGGAUGGGGCCACGUGCAGAACGACAACAUCACGGUCAAGAAAGGCAAACCGCAGGCCUUUGCCAACGCCUGCUGUAAAGCACUCGAAGACCACCCUGCCAUGAUCGCCGAUCGCAACAACCACCAGAAGCGGGAGCGCCAGCAGUUGAUCGAGGAUGUAACGAAGACGGUCCCGAAUGCGCACUUCAUCUGCUUGCAAUACGUGCAUGAGCGUGGCAACUACGACAACAUCCGCCAAGCGACUCGCGAGCGAGUGUUAAGCCGCGGCGACAACCAUCAGACUAUCCAAGCGAACACGAAAGGCUCGUCGGAGGUGGUCAGCAUCAUGGAAGGCUUCAUGGAGCGCUUCCAGCCGGUGAAUCAAGACUCAUCACCAGACGACGGCUUCGAUCUGGUGGUCAAUCUAGACCCAUGCGGCAGCUCCCGCGAUAACCUCGAGACAGUCGUCAACGCGCUUUACGCCGAGUAUCCCAAGCUAUUCGGCGACCAAGACAUGCCUAGCGCAGACGACAUGGACGCCGCAGUUGAUGGAGCGCUGACAAACUACACGGUCGACAUCAAGCACGAGAUCAAAGGCCGCGAUGAUCGUCGUGGCCGGCAAAAUAACAACCAUCAUCCCGUCCACGGUACCGGUCUCAACGGCCAACCCAACGGCAAACAGAAGGAGCGCAAAGUCGAGUAUUUCGCCGUACAACUCCCUCCCACCCGUGUCAACGCCAUCCUGGAAGCACUCUUCCGUGAGGCUUCCCCCGAGGUGGCGAGGAUGUAUCACACCCUGAAAUCACAACGACGAAUCCAAGCCGAGUUCCACGUCACGCUCAUCCAUCGAGCCAACGCCGGCGAACACGCGGCGCUGUGGGACAAGCUUAGCGAAAUGCACGCCAAAGCGUCGACAUCAGCAGCAGCGUCUACAUCAUCGGAUGGCGAAUCGCCGAAGCUGGGCAAGUGUAAAGUCCGCCUCGAGCGCCUGGUAUGGGAUGACCGCGUCAUGGCGUUUCUCGUCCGUCUCAGUCCGAGCGAGGAAGGCGGGGAGAUGCUGUUUACGAGUGUGAAUCAGGCGCCGCAUAUCACGGUUGGUACCGCUUCGGCGGACAUCAAGCCGGUUGAGGCGAAUGAGUUGUUGGGGAGGUAUUUGAGGGAGGGUGUCAGGGGGAGUGGUGGGGUGCAGGAGGUGGUGGUCAAGGGAAUGGUGGAGUUGGAGGGGAUUGUGAGGGGGGUGCUGUCGAAGCACUGA